AUGCAGAUCGAUCCGGCGGCUCUGAGCCGGAAUGACUCCAUCUCACACCAAAAAGGCGCCGCGCCUAACGGCUCGGCAUCCGCGAAGACCUCCCGAGCUCUGAUCUCAGUGCCGCGGCUGGAGCUGGAGCAUGCCUACACGGACCUGAAGGCCGCCAUCGGAGACAAGUGGGCCGAGUAUAAAGAAUCCACAGCUCUGUUCUUACUAGGACAUUACAACCAAACGGAAUAUUCAUCACGAGUCGACUACUUCUUGUGCGCCGAUCCCAAGAAUGAACAUUUACAUAACAACUUCGUAUGCGCGCUCAUCGGAAACCUGACCCGAGACCUCCCCGAUCAUGGCGUCGCAAACUGGGUAUCGGCGAAUGAUAAACCAUCAACGGUUUCGAAACCUGUCUCCGGAGAUGCCGCAGAACAAAGAUUAAAGACGGAGGUCAUGAAAUUACCUCCGAGGGACCGUCGGCGCAUCAAGGGAAUACCGGAGCGAGAUCCCAAUGAGACAGUGCCCACAGAGCUCGAACUAUGCCAUUUGGCUAAGCAAAUCAAAUUGCCCAGCCAGGUUCCUGCAAGUGCAGGUGGGCUGAACAAGACUAAUUGGGAACUCGAAAUCCGAAAACGCUACGCCCAGCCCCUCGCCGCAGAAACCGGCGAAUUCCCCGAUGCCGAAUCUAUCCAUGCCCGCAUGGUUCCCAUAUGUUACGAGGAAUCGCUAACUAGUGGUGCCGGGCUUCCUUGUGCAGAGUUUAUGGCGAUUGCGACAGAAACAUUCGUGAAGGAAGUUCUGUCCGCGGUAUUCUCACGCACCCGUUCGAAUGGACCGUCCGGUACAAUCAACAACAUGAUGAUGCGCAAGUAUCGACACCAACUUGAAGUUGAAGAACUUGCAUAUACACGUGGCGAGAUUGCAAAGGAUGCCGCUACAGGCCUGCUCCCUGUGGAGGCAAAAGAAGCCAGCAUUCGAAGACCCUUGGGGGUCAGAGAUCUGCGACUAACUCUAGAGCUGGGCGGCGGUGUUCUUGGCCACAUGCCACUAAUCGUCGACCAAAUCAUGGGCGGGUACUUUGAAGAUGAACUCGAGACCGAAAGGCAAGAUCGGUUGGAGAAUGGCGUUGGUGAGCCACAUCAAGAAAUCAAACCCGAUGAAGACGCGAUGGACUUGGACGAAGACGAAGACGGUUCUCUGCUAGACUGGGAAGGCGGCACUGUCGGUGACCGAGAGCAGUUGAGCUCAUUGCUUGACGAGUGUCUGUCCAUGGCCGCAUGA